GCAGGAAUGAGUCCUAAAACCCUGACAUGACUCAUUUCAUCCCUUCCUGUCCCGUGGUCUGGAAGUCAUGGGUUAAUGGUCAAAAUACGUCUGGAGGUUGCUAACAAGACUCUAAAUGAGACGACUAAACGUCAUCACGCCCAACAUUAGCCGCCUUUAGCUUAGCGGUGUAUUCAUCAGAAGGUCUCUUUAGUUAAGUCCAACGAUGUUAAAUUGUCCAAUCACAGACCACACCGUUUGUCAAAGUGAAGGCCAGCUUUCGUAUGCAGAUGACGCCGUCCCUCUGAUUUUCCACACCUGUCAGUUUGGAUUGUGGGUAAUCAAAUGCAGGAAGUCUCCGGUGUCUGUCCGUCUGCUCAGACAGAGCCGACCUGAGUCUGAACAACACGGACAGAUCAGAUCUUAACGAAAACAGAACCUCGGCCGUGAGAUGGACAAAGUUAACAGAACCAGUAACUUCGAGGAGCUCGUCUGGUACUUCCUGCCCACAGUGGUCCUGGUGCCUCCUCUUGGGCUUCCGGUCAACGCUGCAGUCCUGCGCCUCCUGCUGGGCAAACCUGGCAUCUGCUCCACCUCUGAGGUCUUCAUCCUGAACCUAGCCGUGUUCGACAUGCUGUUCUGCUUCACGGUCGUCGUCGAGUACAUCAACUUCCUGUGCAAUACAACACUGGAGAACUCCAGGUUCCUGUCCUGGAGGUUGAGUCAGGCCGGGGGUCCGAUGCUGCUCUGCGUUCUUUCUUUGGACGCCUACAUGGCCGUCUGCCGCCCACUGAUCUUCCUCCGUCUCAAAGACCCCAGGUUUCGCCUGUCCCUGUGCCUGCUGCUGAGCACCUUAGCGCUCGCUUCCUGCGGUCUUGCAAAAGUAGUCGUUGUUUCCAAUAUCGUGACCGUAGUGGGGAUCCUAGCCGUGGCCAUGCUGACCAUCUCCACCUGCAACAUCCUGAUCCUCAGGUCGCUGCGGCAGUCGGGUCCCGGCAGGAAGGAGCUGCACCCGGUGAAGAAGCAAGCGUUUAAGACGGUGCUCACGGCGUUGGUGAUGGUGGAAUUCCACUACCUGCCGUCGCUCACAGAGUCCCUGAUCAAGGUGUUGUUUCCCAGUCUUCUACCGCCUUACUCCAUCCUCACCAGUAUCACCUUCUUAAUUCUCUCGAUGAGCAGCUUCGUUCAACCGCUGUCGUAUCUCGUACGCACCAAACAGCUGCCGAAGAUAGGAUGCAACCGCAGGGCGGCGGCUGAGGCCAAGACUACAGCAAGUUAGAGCGGAGGGAUCAGAGAGAAGAGCUGCAACCACACCUUUCGUUAAGAUCUACCAAAAGGAAAGCUGGAGCUGUGGAAAUGGUUCGGCUUAUUUUAAGCUCAUGUACUUGCAGGAUUCCUGUUUGACUGAGUUUGUUCUUCAUGGUUUAUCGCCCUCACUGAGAGCUCCUUCGGAUGAUUUAAAUGCUGUGAGCGGCUGCACAGGGGAUUUUUAGUUUGAAUUCUGCUAGUUAGUUAAAACUAACUAGCAGAAUUAAUAUUUGAGGAGAAUGCAUCGAAGUUACCUGAGUAACUAUUGACUCUCAGAUACGGAGUCAGUCUAUGUAUUUCUGAUCAUCCUUGUGUUGAUGUCCUUGAUCUUAUAUUUAACAUGUUCUAAGAAUGCACGUUUUAAUAAGGAUAACCAUCUACCCAUCAGACACAAGAACACCUGCUGGGAAAUGCAGAUUUGUCCAACGACCUUACUGUUACCGGGGUGUGUGUGUGUGUGUGUGUGUGUGUGUUUUAAAAAAAAAACCUGAACAAUUCUAAAAGUCAGAAUUCUUUUAAAAAGUUGAAAUCUAUGAAAAACGUCCGAAUUCUGAACCGUAUUCUGUACUCGGUGUGAAACUGGUGACCCGUUCACAGAGGAGAGAACUGUAUAUCUGGAUUGGACUUGAAAUUGAGCUUCUCUAUCUAAACAUGGAAAAAGUGAUUUUGCUGCUAGAGAAAUAACUGUAGAGACAGCAGCUGAACUCUUACUGUUUAAAAUGUGGUUGUGAUUACUUUGAAAAUGUUCUGGAAGAUAAAGGUUUUCUCCUUAAAGUCUACAGGGAACAAUAAAGGCGACAGAAACGAAGACAUCACAAUAUCUCAUUUAA